AUGUUAUUUCUUUCUUCCUUUCUUUCUUCCUUUCUUUUGUUUUUUUCUUUCUUUCAGAUUCUUCAUAGUAUUUCCAAAUUUGUAGUUCUCUCUUUCUUUCGUUCUUUUUCUUUCUUUCUUUCUUUCUUUCCUUCCUUCCUUCGUUUCUUUCUUCCUUCCUUCCUUUAUUUUAGUUCUCACGUCAAUGUUUUCUUUCUUUCUAUCGUUAUUGCAUUCUUUCAGUUUAUUUUUCCUUUCUUUUCAUUUUAUAAUCCACGCCAAUGUUCUUUCUGUCUUUCUUUUUACUUUCUUUCUUUCUUUCUUUCUUUCUUUCUUUCUUUCUUUCUUUCUUUCUUUUAUGUCAGUUCCCACAGCAAAGUUUUCUUCCUUUCUCUCGUUCUUUCGAUAGUUAUUUCUUUUCAAUAUUCCUUUCUUUAUUUUCAUGUUAUAACCCAUGUCAAUGUUCUUUCUUUUUACUUUCUUUCUUUCUUGCUUUCUUUCUUUCUGUUUUUCUCAGUUUCUUUCUUUCUUUCUUUCUUUCUUUCUUUCUUUCUUUCUUUCUUUCUUAUUAGCUUCCAAUUUAUAUUUCUUUCUUUUCAGGUUAUUACCCGCAUCAAUGAUUUUCCUUUUUUUUUUCUUUCCUUUCACGUUACUUACCGCGUCAAUGUUUUUCAUUCUACCAUAUUUUUCCUGUUACUUCCGAACUUGAUGUCGUUCGUUGAUUUUUCUUUCUUUCAUUCUUUCCACGUUAAAUCCCACGUCAAAAUUAUUUCUUUAUUAUUUCUGUCCGUCUUUCUUCUGUCUUUCUUUCUUUCUUUCUUUCUUUCUUUCUUUCUUUCUUUCUUUCUUUCUUUCUUUCUUCCUUCCUUUCUUUCUUCAUGUAUUUUAGUUCUCAUGUCAAUGUUUUCUUUAUUUCAAUCGUUAUUUCUUUCUUUCUUUCUUUUCAUUUUUCCUUUCUUUUCAUUUUAUAUCCCACGCCAAUGUUUUUUCUUUCUUUUUUCUUCCUUCCUUUCUUUCUUUCUUUCUUUCUUUCUUUCUUUCUUUCUUUCUUUCUUUCUUUCUUUCCUUCCUUCAUGUCAAUUCCCACGUCAGUGUUUUCUUUCUUUCUUUCGUUAUUUCUUUCUUUAUUUCUUUUCAUUAUUUCAUUCUUUCUUUUUAGAUUAUAACCCAUUCUUUCUUUCUUUCUUCCAUAUUAUUUCCCAGAUUAUAGUUCUUUCUUUCUUUUGA